AUGGAGGACAUGAAAGAAGCAACACUGCGAGGAGCAUCUAGUAAAACUCCAUCUGACAUAUAUGAAACUGUCUAUAAUGAACAACGUGGGAGUCUUAACAAACGUCGUCGCAAAGCUUCUCACACUCACAAGAGUUUGGAUGAUUUAAGGGAAAAAGAAAUACAAUUGUUGAAUGGAAGAAUUGAGUCUCUACAGACAGAAAACAUGCUACAGAGAAGAGAAACACGUCGGCUUACUGAUCUAAUUAAUAGUUUUUUUUCUAAACAUUAUCCUUCCAUGGUUGUACCAGAUGUAUCAGAUGAUGAAAUGGAGGAUGAUGCAGAGGUCAGUAGGCGAGAUGAGGAUCUUGACGUGGAAGGUCAAAAUGAUGAGGAUGACUAUGAUGACCUAGAGGAUGAAAACUACAUCCGUGACCAUCCUGAUAUGGAGGAUCGAAAUGUGGAAGGUGUCAUGGAUGAUGAAUGA